AUGGCACCAGCUUCUUUCCAUCACAUUACAAACAAAGUUUGUGUGAUGGAUGCUUCAGGCCCCCUUGGCUUGUGCUUGGUUGAAAGGCUCCUACAAAGAGGAUACACUGUUCAUGCGGCGGUUCAAAACCAUAAUUGCGAGUUGCAACUCAAUGACCUAUCUUGUGAUAACAAGAAGCUGAAGAUUUUCUAUGCCGACCCUUUUGACUAUAAGAGCAUAAUUGAUGCAUUAAGAGGUUGUUCUGGUUUGUUUUACACCUUUGAGCCUCCACAAGACCAACUCUCUUAUGAUGAAUUCAUGACAGAAGUGGAGGUGAGAGCAGCACACAAUGUGCUAGAGGCAUGUGCACAAACUGAAACAAUUGACAAGGUUGUGUUCACAUCCUCAGCAACUGCUGUUAUUUGGAGAGAUGAUCGCAAAUCCAUAACAGCAGCUAUUGAUGAGAGACACUGGAGUGACAUUAAUUUCUGUCGUAAAUUUAAGUUGUGGCAUGCCCUAUCAAAAACACUAGCAGAGAAGACAGCAUGGGCGUUGGCAAUGGACAGAGGAGUGAAUAUGGUAUCUGUUAAUGCAGGUUUGUUGAUGAGUCCCGAUCUUUCCAUCAAAAACUCAUAUUUGAAAGGAGCAGCAGAAAUGUAUGAAGAUGGGGUUUUUGUGACUGUCGACCUAAAUUUCUUGUUGGAUGCCCACGUUUGCAUCUAUGAAGAUGUGUCAUCGUAUGGACGCUAUUUAUGCUUCAAUCGUGUUGUUAAUCGGCAUGAAGAUGCUAAUAAGCUUGCCUCCAUGUUAACUCCUCCUGCACAUUCACCCCCACCCCCUCAAAGUGGUCUUUUAAGUUAUAAAAUGGAUUACAAUAGGGAUUUUUCUGGUGGAAAUGUUGUCCAUGUAAUUCCAAUUACAGGUCCAGAUAGCUGGAUUUCAAAUUCCUCUGAUUCCAAUUCUGUUUGGGCCACAGAAGAUGAUUACCGUGUUUGGAAUAAUUCUGAUGGCCUUAAUGACAACACUCCUUCCAAUUCCAACUACCAAUCCCCACAAACACGUUCUGGUAGUGAACCACCAAAUAAGAAAUCAAAAAACAAUUCCCAGGAAUUGAAUUCAAAGAAAUCGAUUGGAAAAAUGUUUUUCAAGACCAAACUUUGCUGUAAGUUCCGGGCAGGCACAUGCCCAUACAUCACGAACUGUAACUUUGCACACAGCAUAGAGGAGCUUCGGCGUCCACCUCCAAACUGGCAGGAGAUAGUGGCUGCGCAUGAGGAAGAGAAAGGGAGCACGGUGGAUGUCAGAGAGGAAUUUCAAAUUCCAUCAGUAGUGGGAUUUGGAGCGGAGACACAGAGGUCUUAUAAAGGUAGGCAUUGUAAGAAGUUUUAUACAGAGGAAGGGUGUCCGUAUGGAGAUAAUUGCACGUUUUUGCACGAUGAGCAGUCAAAGAAUAGGGAGAGUGUGGCAAUAAGUUUGGGGCCUGGUGGGUAUGGAGGGGGUGGUGGAGGUGGAGCAGGAGGUGGGGGUGGGGGUGGGGGUGGAGGUGCCGGUGCAGGUGGGGUUGGAGGUGGUGGUGGUGGAAAUGCAGGUAGCAAUGCCGUUAAUGUGAAGCCAUCAAAUUGGAAGACAAGAAUUUGUAACAAGUGGGAACUUACUGGAUAUUGCCCAUUUGGGAAUAAGUGUCAUUUUGCUCAUGGAGCAGGAGAGUUACACCGAUACGGUGGUGGGCUUGUGGAUACGGAUGUUAAAGAUUCUUCUUCUGUCCCCGUUGAAUCAAAGCAGGGAGGAGUGCCUUCAAAAACUCCACCAGAGACUGUGGUCACAUCAGUUACUUCUGUGCCUCAUUCAGAUGUUUAUCACCUUGGAGUUCCAUCACAGAGAUCUUCUAUUUUGAUUCAGAGGCCUGGACAAAGAACACAUCAGAAAUGGAAGGGUCCAGACAAAAUCAGUAGGAUAUAUGGUGACUGGAUUGAUGACAUUGAAUAG